AUGAAGCUGUCAACCGCCAUCAGCCUUUUGGCUGGUGCCGCCCCUCUGGUCUCGGCCGCCGCCGCUCCCAAGCUCGAGCGCAAAAUGAACUAUGAUGGGUACAAGGCCUACAGCAUUGCCACCCAUCAUAACCCGGCCGCCAUCAAGGCAAAGCUCACCAAGUUUGCCGCCAUCCCCUUCAACCUCGACAACGAUGAGCACCUCGACAUUGCCAUCCCUGCCGAGGAGGUCGCUGCCUUUGAGGCCCUCGGUCUCGAGACCCAGCUCAUGCACGAGGAUCUCGGUGCUGAUAUCGCCGAGGAGGGUACCUUUGCCCCCUACACCAGCGUCGGUGCCCAGGCUGUCCCCAGCUUGACCUGGUUCAACUCGUACCACGCGUACGCCGACCACAUCACCUUUUUCAACGACCUGCAGGCGUCGUUCCCCAACGCUUCCGAGAUCUUCACCAUCGGCAAAUCGUUCCAGGGCCGUGACAUCUUUGGCAUCCACAUCUGGGGCUCCGGCGGCAAGGGCUCCAAGCCCGCCAUCUACUUCCACGGCACCGUCCACGCCCGUGAGUGGAUCAGCGCCAAGGUCGUCGAGUACAUCACCUACCACCUCCUCACCCAGUACGCCACCGACGCCGCCGUCCGUGCCAUCCGUGACAAGUUUGACUUUUACAUCCUCCCCGUUGUCAACCCCGACGGAUUCGUCUACACCCAAACCAACGACCGCCUCUGGCGCAAGAACCGCCAAACCCGCUCCGGCCAGUCCUGCGUCGGCACCGACCAGAACCGCAACUGGAACUACCAGUGGUCCGUCACCGGCGGCGCCUCCACCUCGCCCUGCUCCGAGACCUACAAGGGCCUCGCCGCCGGCGACACCCCCGAGAUCAGGGCCCUGACCGCCUUCACCACCACCCUCAAGAACAGCCGCGGCAUCCGCCUCUACAUCGACUGGCACUCAUACGGCCAGUACAUCCUCCUGCCUUAUGGGUACGACUGCUCCGCCCGCGCGUCCAACCACGCCGCCCAGAGCAGUCUCGCCUCUGGCAUGGCUACUCGGAUCAGACAGAGCUACGGCACUACCUUCACCACCGGCCCCAGCUGCUCGACGCUGUACAAGACUACUGGCAGCGCGCCGGAUUACAUGACUGCUGUUGGUGGUGCUACUUAUGCUUGGACUAUCGAGUUGAGGCCUGCGGGCAGCAGCGGUGGUGGCUUUGUUUUGCCUGCUACGCAGAUUUUGCCUAGCAGUAUUGAGCAGUGGGAAGGUAUCAAGUAUGUGCUUGCUCAGGUUUGAGCCCGGGGGGUUGUUGAGUGGAUGACAUUGGGGAUGUCGGGGAGGAGAGGGAGGGAAAGGGAAUGAAGAUAUGUGUAUAUACGAUUAUACGAUGUAUUUAUCUGA